GUCCAAUAUUAUAUUGUGUUUUUAAAUAAAAAUAAAUGAAAACGCGAACGAAUGAAUGUGAUUUUUUUUCUAAUGACAACAUAUGGCCGAUCGUUUUUCUCUUUCGUUCAAAAAGCUAUUUCACUUUCCCGCAGAAAAUAGGGUGUCGAAUCUGUCCUAUAACCUCCGUUAUAUUUAUUACAAUUUAAAGAUCGAAGAUGUAUCUUUUAUGAUAAUUGUGGAUAAAUUCAUAUAAAGAUUGUUCAAAGUGAUGUUGUGUAAGAUCAUUUGUGUUCUUGCGAUAAUUCUGUAGCGUUUUUAAAAAUUAAACAUGGCCUCGAAUCGAGGAAUUCAGAUUGGAUCCGCGUGGUUUCAACGGAAGCUCAACUUGAGGCCGCAGCACCGGGGCGUGCACCUGGUCACCGAGGAGAUCCUCAAGCAGGUGCCCGAGUUGUCGCAGUUUGCGGUCGGGCUCUGCCACAUCCAAAUAAUGCACACAUCGGCGAGCCUCGCGCUCAACGAGAGCUGGGACCCUGAUGUCAGAGACGAUAUGGAAAUGAUGCUCAACAAAAUAGUGCCAGAAGGUCUGCCUUACCGCCACUCGUGCGAAGGCCCUGACGACAUGCCCGCACAUGUGAAAGCUUGCUUCCUCGGGUCUUCGCUGACGAUCCCUAUCACAGAUGGCAAAUUGAACUUGGGUACUUGGCAAGGAGUAUGGCUUUGUGAACAUCGGAAUCACGCUGGAAGCCGAAAGGUGGUGGUGACUCUGUCGGGGUGUCCGCGAGACUCCCCGCUAUCGCCGGUAUCAGCCGCGUCGUGUUCCAGUUAGGAGAGGGGGGGGGUCGCGACCCCCCGCACGCAGUCCCACUCGCGACCCUCCUCCAAGAGCACGCGGAGGUAAACCCACCCCACUCACACACCAAAAAACAAGCAACAAACCCUAGGCGAUAGUUCUUACUCUUAUCUUCGAACGACAAUAUGUACAUAAGAUUAAUGUUUUUGUAAUCUACAACCACUCAACCCAUAGGAGACACUUCCAAAGUCCGACAUAUUAUUUACUCUUUAUAAGGUUUCAGGCAAGAAUUAAUUACCUAUAGUAUUUUACACUAGAUGAAUUUAUUUGUCAGAGUAUAGAAUCUUAUUGUACACGAUUGUCAAAGUUGGUUAAUUUACAAAUUUUUAAAGUAGGUCUUUUUUCCAAGCUUUUUGUAUCGACUAUUGAUAACCUGUUGCUAUAUUUAGGCAUGUUCUUUAGUGGAUAUAAUGCUGUAUUCUCUGAAAUCAUGAAUAUAGGAAAUGAUUCAAAAUAAACAACUACAUCAACUCAUUAGUUGGUGAUAAUACUCAAAGGAUUCAUUUAGGUCUAAUUUGGCAAAUUAAUUAUUAUUUAAAAAAAAAUAGCUCAUUUAGCCUUGAAAAUAAAAUUUGGAAUAGUAACCAGUCCAUAUUAUAUGGGCUGGUUACUAUUCUUCUUUCUGAUACGUAAUAAAUUUCAGUUACCAUCAUUACUAUUAUUCUGGUAUCGAUUGUUUAUAUCAACAGUUGCUAUUGUACUAAUGGUUUUUGAUUCAUGACAGAUGUAAGGGUUCUGUUUUUCUUUUUAUAGUGUAGAAUCCUAAAAAUUAAGUUCAACGACGGCGUCUCUUAUGGGUUGAAUGCUAGAUGUUUGUAACUCUGCAUGGCAGUUUGAGCAGAACCUUCAAGACCACCUCGCAUGCCGAUUUUGUGCAAGCCAAAUUGAACGAACCACCAUUUGAGGUUCAUUGAUUAAAAUUAUUGAUCGUAAUUUCAUCAAUACUACCCUUAGAAUGAGUUUCUACAUCUCGAACAUGUUGAUAGUUUCUGGUGUUACACUAUAAUGUCAAUAGAUGAUAUUAUUGUAUGGCUCAAAUUCGUCCAUACAACUACAGCUAGCAUCCCGGAAACUAUACUAAAUUAAACUAGGUUAUUAGAUUAAUGUACGACUUUUAAACAAGGGAGUUUUAGGUUUAUUUUACAUCAAUGUUAACUGUUUCAAUACUCAAAACUAUCAAUGUUGUCGAGAUAUGAAAACUGUUACUAAGGGUACUGUUUAUAUGAGUGCUCAGUACUACAUAGUUGGUGUUUGCAUACAAGCGAAUGGUCAAAUCUUUAGAAUCAUAGUUUAGCAGAAGCGUCACAAAAAUUGAAGAGUAAACGGUCCCUGCGUUGGCUGUUGCGGCGGUUGUUUCGUUCCUACACCACCACAGUUGGCACAACAGUUUCAACUUUCGUAGGCCGAGCUAAUCAGUUGGUGUUAGGAAAAAGCUCUGAGCUUGAACCUGCGCAGUGGGUGAUUUAUUGAUCUAUUUAGUGGUACGCAGUUAGGCACAACUGUGUGGAUAUCUGUCCUGCCACGCAAUCGGUUUAUCAGGCAAACUUUUCGUUUUUACAAGCAGUACCUAUGUGCGACACAUUCCCCUCCACUGUCGCCCAGAGCUCUUUUUAACCGACAUCAAAAAAGGAGGAGGUUCUCAAUUCAUCGGUUUUUUUUAACCUGAAACCAACAUCAUAGACUGGUGGCCUGUUCAAAUAGGAAUUGAUAUUGGUUCCCGUUCCCCGACCAUUUCCGUACCUGUAGCGAAGUGCCAUGCAAAGAUAAUGCCCUGUUGAUGUUAUUAGUGUCCGACCGAAUUUCUAUCAUUAAUAGUAGUCAGAUUUUUGGUUUUGGCUGAGUUUAUUGUAAAUGGGCUCGAGUUAAAUAUUUUUAAAACCAGUUUUCUUGGUGUAAAUUACGAAUUAUCUGAAUGUUUGUAAAGAUCAUAUUGCGCGCUCAAUUGAGCUUCAUAGCUCAAUUGAGUGCGAAUUGGAACUGUAAACUUUCUGUUAAGUAGUGCGAGAAAAUUUGAGGCUGGAGUCCUGUUACGAUAUGGACCGCGAAAAAUAUGCAUUAAAAAAUAAUGUACCAAAAGCUGUUCAAAGUGUGCAGAGGGGUGUUUUGGGCGGCAAGUACCAUACCUCGCAUACGAUACGUAGCAUACCUCGCAGAUCUCACGUUAUUGUGCACGUGUAGAUAACUAAACAAAAUACGAUGUUUUGGAAAACUCCUUCAGCCAAAUAUUUUUUAGCCGCGGUUCCUGCGAAAGAAAAAAAUGAACAUCGGUCGGACACUAGAUGUAAUUGUUCGGUCAAAGUAAACUGAACCAGUUUAAUUUGUACAUAUAAGGUUAUGUGCAACAAUUUUAAAACGUAUACAUAAAAUAAUGAAUUGUUGUUUUGUUACGACAAGUUGUCGAUAUGUAAAUAGAUCACGCGUGGUCGUGGACAUGCUUGUAGUCUCGGUUAUCGAAGGGUCGAUGUGACAUCUAUUUUAACCAUUUCUAAUCGUAAUUAUGUUAAGGGAUACGAGAGUUCAGUCGUAUUUAUUUCUACUGCACGACUAUUUUCACUUUCACACGUUCUUUUGUCAACGCUCACCAGUAGGCUUAGUGUAAGAUUUUACCAUCUCGUUGAUAGAAUUCGAGCGUCGAAACACUUCAUCGAUAAAGUUAAACUAGCUCGUUUUAAAGCUUCCAUAGAACAUACAUCUUCAGCCGCGGAAAUGUUGCGAAAUUAAAAUUGGUGGUGCUGAAUUUUUGACUUGUAGGAUUUAAAGUUCUUUAGGCUCAUUUUAGUUUGAAGUUAUUGCGAUUCGACGCUCGCAUUUUAUCAACGAGGGUGAGAUGUAAAAUCUCCUACUGACCACACUGAAGUCACUAUAUUUUCACCACGGUACGUUAGACGUUUUUAUGAGGUCGACACUUAUUUAACGACACCAAAACUUUGUACGUAACCGCACUGGUUAAAAAUCAGUUGGAUGAAGUUUGACGAUCCGGACUUAGGAUGUAUAGUUAAGUACUGUGUACGUCUACGAUACCUCCCUUCUUUCUCCGUGUUAGGUUAGAAAUUGAUUAACGGUUAGUAUGUGAAAAUAUGUCCAUAGCUUUAAAUGUGUCGCGCCCGUUGUAUCAACGGGUCCCUGACGGGUGACAGUGAGCUAACCAAAUGUAACACUAGUUAGAGUAGUAUAUCAUUAACAGUUAAGGUCAUUUAAGUGCCUCGGACUCAUGGGGUGGUAUGUAUCAUUUGCGAAUCGUCUCGGACGGCUGGCUUCUACCGACAUUAUACUGACAUUACACAGCAUCACACUCACUCGCCUCUCAUAGCGUCUGCUUCUCUCGAUCGCGUGCGCUCCGUAGCCUUAGUUAAGGUUUUACAUUUCAACAACUUUGAUUGAAUUCGAGCGUCAAAGCACUUUAAUAUUAAAAUGUACCUUAACUGCCUUGUUUUAAAGCUCAAGUUCGUCCAUACAUCUAUAGCCAGCGCUUUCAAGCGGAAACUUUGCGAAAUUAAAAUCGGUGGUAGGUAGUUAGGUACUGAAUUUUUGACUUUAAAUCAAGAACCUUUAGGUCUAUUUUACUCAGACGCUAUUGUGUUUUGACUUUCGAAUUGUAUCUACCUUGGUGAGAUGUAAAAUCUCAUACUAACCAUAUUAGCGUUUGACGCAACGUCGCGUCGCUUGUUUUCCCAUCGUACACGCACUGGUUUUCGGGUAUACAUCUUUGGAAACGAUCUUUGAAUUCAUAAUGUGUAUGUAAAGCGUAUAUAUGUAUAGAUGUAUGUCUUCCUAUGUAAGUACACCAGGAUUAGUGUUAUAUUGGCAUAUGGUAUCUGGAAUAUGUGAACGGCUUAGGUAUACCAGCAUCGCCUGAUCCGGCCACGACUAAGUAACUUAGCAUACGAAUAUAACGAUAGUGGACUUCAUUGGACCUGUCGACAUUCUAGUAAAUAAUAGCCAGUAAAAUAGAAUAAAUGGAAUAAUUGGUAGCGAAUGUCUUUUUAUAUGGACUGAAUGGUAGCGAGAAUUAAAUUUAGAGAGUACUCCAUUGUAUGACUCGGUUCAUAUAAUUUUAAAUAACAUUCCAUUAAAGUACAGAUUUGUAAGACACAUUCCAAGUGUGAAACGACACUGGUCUCCUUAUCACAGUGCUUCAAAGUGUUCUAUUAGCAUUUUUACACAGUAACGUGUCAUCGAAAUUGCCUAUACUGCACAAUUAGACUCAAAUCUAGUUAGGAGUUAAAAUUAUAAAAAAUAGACUACAGAAGUUAAGGUCACUUUAGAGGUGCUGGCUGUGGGACAGUUGUUUAUCGAGUGCAGUGGGAGUCUCGGAACACGCCAAUAUUGGGUGCUUUGCAGGACAUUUACAAUAUUUAAAUGGCGCUGGCGCCUAGAGCCUGCAUGGCGGGAUGUAUUUCGAAAUUUAUCUGUAUUGUAAGAUUGGACGACUUGAUAUCAAAAGGCUAAACCGUAAUCAAAAUGCAAUCGGCCUGAAGUGCAACGGGACCGUACUGAAAAGCUUUACAUUAACUCAAACAAUGUCCGAUGCGACUUCAGCGGUUGCAGCGUAAAGGCUCGUAUGAGUGCUCAGGGAACAUACGCACAAGCACCGCGGCCAGCGCCGCACUCACGUUUUGAUACCGCAAUGUACAGCGUAGAUGUCACGGACAUGCGAACUUUUGUCUCAUGGACAAUAUAGACUUACUCUACUUAGAGCUUAUCGACUGUUUAUAAAGCGGACUCGUUUGGCGCUAUUCAAUCAUAAAAUGGGACGUUCGGGCAUCGCUUUUUCGAGUGUCUUCAAGCAGACACACAGAGUGCGGCUCUCAAAGCAAAUCUAGUGGAAUUUAUACACCUCUAAACCUCCAGGAACUGAUUUCUGCUUCAAUAAUCACGCAAGUGGAUGUUUCAUUGCGUGGUUAGUAAGAGUAGGUAUAGUCCGUACCAAAUGACUUCUCACGCGCCAUUUUAACUCUAUAUCAAAAGUACGGUUCGCCUUUAAAAUAAGGACUAAAAUCGUACUUUUGACAUGACAUUUGAGUCAUAAAGUUGAAAUGGCGCGUUAGUAAUUUUUCACGCAUUAUACGAUAAUUUUAUGUCAAAAUGUAUCAGUAGUAUACGAAAAGACACGCGCGCGAACUUUUUAUCGGUCAGUUAUAGUUUGAAAGAAAUAUAAUAUGACGCGACGCAGUGAAAUUACGUGAGGUAUCGCCGCGAUAUUCGGUUUAGAUCUGUCUCUAGCUUUACGAUUCAAUAGCGCACAGUGUGUCCUGUCUAUUAUCCCUCACUACACAAUUUCUUUUUCUUCGCAUUCAAUGAACAAAUAGUUAGGGCACUUCAUGACAGUUUUUGAUUACAUUUUGCUACUUUUUGCACUUUCUUUUACAAUCGCUUUAAUAAUAAUAUUAUGUACAUUAUAUGCUUUCUCUUGGAUAGUAUUUGGGUGUCGGUUUUAGGGAGGAGUUUAAUAAGUGCUUUUUACAAUAUUGAUCGGUAAUUUGUAAAUAUUUUUUGCUAUUAUAUAGUGUACAUGUAUAUUUAUUCGUGUACAUAAAUAAAAGUUCAUAAUAAUUAUGUAAAAAAUGUUCAAGUGCUAUUUGUGUAUGAGUGUUAGGUAUGCCACUGCCAUUGGAGAUUUGCCUCUUUAUAAUGUUACGUGAAUAAACAAAUUAAGCUUGAAACAUAUUUAUAACUUGCCACUCGCUGAGCCGACCGCCGUGGACUCCACGGAACGUUGUUGUAGUAUUUUCUACGACCACCAAAACACAUUACUAUAUAGAUACGAGACAUUACGUCGCAUCAUCGGGUGGCAUGUUAAAAGUAUGUUCCCGGCCAUAUAGUCUUCGAUUAAUUAUGAUUUGACUAUCCUGAGUUUAUACUUCAUAUUAUCUUAAUAAUGAAUUCUGUAAAUGUAGCAAGACGACUGGUUUCGUCGAUAUUUCCCUUAUUUUGGUCAAAAUAAUGUUUCCACCAUUCCGGGGCAAUAAGUUUCCCCUUUUUAUGUGUGAACCCAUUCCAGGCUGUUUAAUUACAACGAAAACGUUAGUUUUACCUUAGGUUUUAUUGGUCAUUGCUUCUAGAAAUUGUCCAAAUAAUAAGAUUUCAAUCUGUGUACAGAACCUAAUCAUUUUAGUAAGGUUUAAAAAAAAGUGAGUCUUAGAUCACAACGCCGCGCUGUUACUUUUUGCAGAGCUACCAAGUGUUAGUGGAUAUUGGGUGACUUUCGAUUACAGAUAGCUCCUUAUAGAAGGUAUAAAAAGUUACUCAGUGUUGUUUUGUUGCAAAACAUUGCUCCACAAAAAGUUACAGCGGUGUGGAUGCACCAUUCGGUGAUGUAAAUCCUAUUGUAUCCUUCCGUUCAUUGAAACUGAAUUUUAUGGUCAUUUAUUUUUGAUUUUAAUGUAAAAAGUAUUGAUAAACGACAAUAUCAUUUAUGGCCAUGUGAGUAAGAUUUAGUUUUGAGGGACGCAAUUUAGAAUUUAAUUUAGCUUAGUGACUCAAACAAAUUACUUACCUACCAAUAAAUAAGAAAACAAAACACAAAUAGCCAAAAUAACAUUAAGUAAGAGUAGAAACAUACUUGGGAGACACGACGUGUGUUCAGUUUUUUUCUAUGAGAACCACGCUGAGUGAAAACGACGCAUCUGGUGACUGGUCGCGUUUCAAAAGUAUGCAUCUGCCUGAUUAACGCAUUUAUUUGUUCUCUGUUUGGGUGUUUUCAAUAUUAUGAAUAAACAUAUUGAUUAAUUAAUAAAAAAGUAAAUUCACUAUAAGGGCACGAGUUUUUAAUCUUAAUAAUUAUUUAUCAGCAUAAGGUAAUUAAUUUGUUAAUUAUACUGCACAUAGAAAAGUGAGGUUGUAAUCAGGAUUUAUAAAAAUUUAACCAAUAUAUAAAAAGAUGGCAGACAAAUAAUUUGUGUGUAUAUUAUUUAAGAUCGAUAUUUAUGGUAUGAAUACGAUUGUACAGAUCACAAAACUCAAGUCUCUGGGCCAUACACACAGUUGGUUUUAUGAGCUCACAUGUGACUGAGGAAAGUCACAAUAAUUUAAUUGUAUAAACUUGUACAAUAUAAAUAUUAUAGAUCCACAAUUAUGAAAAAGAUUAAAUAUUUGCAAAAGUUAA